CCGUUGCUGUCACAGCAACCCUAACGAAACAAAAAGUCAUCGUCUUUGGGAACAUAGCAGCGGCAUUUGUUUUGCAAAAAAUAUCGCAAAUCAUUUAAAAAUUAAUUUUAUAUACAAUCUUUUAAUAAAUUCUCAACAAAAUGUCCAUAUUGGCAUAUAAUGGAGGCUGUGUGGUGGCAAUGCGUGGCAAAGAUUGUGUAGCCAUUGCAACUGAUCGUCGUUUCGGUGUCCAGGCCCAAACGAUUGAGACAGACUUUGAAAAAGUGUUCCAAUUCAAUCCACGUAUGUUUGUCGGCCUGGUUGGCUUACAGACGGACAUCCUCACAGUAAGGGACAGGCUAAUGUUCCGUAAGAACUUGUAUGAGACUCGUGAAAAUCGUGAAAUGCAACCAGCACGUUUUGCGGCUAUGCUCUCCAGUUUUCUGUAUGAACAUCGUUUUGGACCAUAUUUUAUUGAACCUGUUAUUGCCGGUUUGGAUCCAAAGACCUUGGAGCCUUUCAUUUGUAAUAUGGAUUUGAUUGGUUGCCCAAAUGUUCCCGACGAUUUUGUGGUGGCCGGCACCUGUGGUGAACAGCUGUAUGGUAUGUGUGAAACCCUGUGGAAACCCGAUUUGGAACCCAAUCAAUUGUUCGAAGUUAUAUCACAGGCUAUGAUUAAUGCCUUUGAUCGUGAUGCUAUCAGCGGUUGGGGUGCGACCGUUUAUAUUAUUGAGAAAGACAAGAUAACAGUGAAAACUUUGAAGACUCGUAUGGAUUAGGCGUAUCGGCGAUUUGUUGGAAGAGUGUUUGGAGGAAAUGCAGCUCCAACUAUGCUCGUGCGCUUUUUUCUAUAAUUUUGUAAUUAUUACUGCUUUUUUGUAUAAGUAAAGGUCAUGGAUUGUCCAAUCGAAGUAAAAAAUAAUAAAUUUUUGUUUAAAACAAAA